CCACUACCUGCUCAAAUAAUGAAUUCUACCUUCAACGACAACGACAACGACAACGGCAAUGACAAGGGCAAGGGCAAAGCAGCUCACGACAUGCCUGACGCUUCUACCUUCGACAACAAGAGCAAGGACAAGGGAGAGCCUGCGGCAGCCGAUGACACAGUCAUUAUGGAGGACUGGACCGACGAUGAAGAGCUCAUCGAAGCCUUCCAAGCCUUCCGACGUCGCCGUAGGGCCAGGGCAUGCCCAACCGAGGUGGCUCUGGUAGAAUCAGUCAUGGCCAUUCUAGCUAGGCAAAAGGAGUUGCUCCGCCUCAGUGCUCGCCUUGCCGAGUACGAGGGAUGCGAGGCCAUCAUAGCGAACACCAAAAUCUAUGAAGAAAUGACAGAGCUUCUCAUCAAGGUCAAGCAGGAGAGGGAGACGAAUCGUUCCAGCGACCCCGACGAAGCUCUCACCAAACAGCUCCAUGAGCUCAACUCUCGGCUCCAAGAUCUCCCCAAGCCACAUUUCAAAGAAGAAAAGGAGUAG